AUGAUUCCUCAAAUAAGUGUUAAAGAUAGGUAUAUUGGGACAUUUUUCUUGAUUUACUAUCCCCAACUUCCUAUUGAAAUAAAGAUAAGAAUCUUACUGUUUGCUUCUAUUGAGGAGAUUCUCCUAAUCCAAAGCUGUAUUAAGGACCAUGAUACAAAACAACUACCGCUUGGAUUGAUAACCAAAGAGAAGUUAAGUUAUGAAAUUGAAUGUGAAUACAGUGGUGAAAUAAUGUGGUUUCUUGGAUUUCUAAAUAAAUAUGUAUCAUUGAUGAAGGAUAAACUUUAUUCAAUUCCAUUACAAUUAAAAUUCACAGAUGCUAACAUGUUUAAAACUUCAUUGUAUCUUUCAACCACAAAAAGUUACAGGGGCAUUAAUUUUGAAUUAAAUUUUGAUCAGUUGAGUUAUAAGCAAUGCUUAUCACUAAUUAGCAAUUACUGUGAAUUAAAUAUUCAAGCCUUAAGGAUUGAAAAAAUAAUUGGACUUAAACUAGAUCUGCAACUUAAUUUUAGUGAUUUCAGAGCCCUAAAGACUUUUAAUCUUGUUACUAAUUAUAGUCUUUUAAAGCUAACGUUAUCAUCAUUUCAGACUAUAACUGAUUUGACUAUUGAUAACGCUUUUGAUGGUCAAUAUUACUCAAAUUUUGUUAAUUUAAAAGCAUUUCACAUACAUGUUCUGAAGGGUAGAAAUUUUGAAAUUCAACACGUACCAAGAUGCGUUACCUCUUUGAUGGUUAGUGUUAAAUCUGCUCGUAAGUUUUUCGAUACUACUAGAAAACUUGGUCACGUCAAAAUUGAAUCAAGACAAGAUUGGCCACCUCAACUAGAGUCAUUAUCACUUGAUGAUCUGCAAAAUAAAAGUAGGGCAUUCACGGAUUUAUUAGGUAAGCUACCACUUAAUCUUCCAGUGUUAAGUAUUUGUGGUCAUUCACAAAGACAUAUUCUAACACAAGUUUCUGAGUCAAUACGGGAAUUGAGUUUACAAUCCACUUUCAAAAUUUUAAAUGAGGAACUUGUAGACUUGACGUUUGAGUUUCAUAAAAAUCUUGAAGCUCUAAGUUUCACUAAUUUACAAAUUGUUUCAUUAACUAAAUCGUGUAAACUUCCUAAACGACUAAAAAUAUUCAAAAUAUAUGAUUGUGAUUUUUCCUUAUCAUUAAAUUAUUUCAAAUUUGAUAAUUGUAAAUCAACUUUGAAAUGUCUUCGAGUUGGUCGUUAUAAGGAACCAAUUGAAUUUAUUAAUUUAAAUUUUAGCGAGUUUUCCAAUUUAACAAAUAUUUAUUUUGAGUCUUGUGGAAUUAAGAACUUGUCUCAUUUUAGGCCACCUUAUUGUUUAAAGAUAUUAGAAAUCUAUCAUAAUCCAAUCUCUGCCAUUGAUGAAAGUUGCGAUUUAUUCAAUAAUGAAAAUGAUUAUCCUUUAUUACAAGAGAUCUAUAUUGAAGAUUGUCAAAUUUCAUUCAUUUCACAAAAAGUAGAAUGGCCCAUAAAUCUCAAACACUUAACCAUAAAAGAUGAAAUAGUGAAAGAUUUUUAUUUUAAUUCUUCAAUUGCAAAACAUCAAUCAUUACGGAUUCUAAGAUUAUCAAAGUUAUCUGCCAUCAAAUUUUGUGAUUGCAUUAAAGUGAGUAGUAAAUCAAAUUUCACUCAAUUAGACCUUACUGUAACACAAGAUUUCCUUCCCACUAAUCCUUAUGAAUUGCUUAAAUUUUACGAUGAAGUAAAUUUGUUUCUUAGAAAAAGAGUUAUUGAAAGAAAACAGGAAAUUUUUCUGGAUGGUGGUUUAUAUUUACUACUUGGCGAUCUGAAAUAG